CCUCCAGGAACACCGAGGAGCUCAGUGACCUGGUGUUCCUGGAUUGCAACACGUUCCUCCUCUGCUGUGCCAAGGGCCAGCUGUGCCUGGCUGACCUUCGCCAGCCUCAGGGUCCCUUGGAGGCCACGUCUGUCCCCUCAGCAGCGGGUAGCGAGCGCUGGUGCAUGGGAGUCAGGUGUGGACCUCAAGGGUCUGCCUCCAGCUCCCAGCCUGUAGCUCGUCUCUCGAGCAGGGGGCACCUCACCUUAACGGAUGUAAGAAAAUCCUGGGAGCCCUUGGCCUCAGUGAAGUGCAGAGUUCCCUCUCCCAGCCCAGGUGUGGAGUUCCUGUGUGUCUCCUGGGCUCCUGCUCUGGAAGGCUGCCUUGCUGUUUCAGGUUUUGAUGGGACCGUGCACGUGUACGACACUCAGAGCUGGGACAGCUCUGGCAGGGAAGCAGAACCCAUCUUUAUUCACAAAGGUCACGCGUUUGGUGGCAUGGGUGACAACGGAGACCCUCCCCUGGUCACGGUGCACACUUGGCAUCCUCAGAAACCAAGAACUUUAUUGUCAGCAGCCAACGACUGUUCCCUGCACGUUUGGGACUGGGUUGAAUCUUGUGGGAACUGUGGGUAG